AGAAGAGCUACUGUUUAUUAGCAAACUUCAUUCACUGGGCAACUUGGAAUUCUCAGCCAACUCCCAUCAGAAUUCCAAAUCCUACUUCCCUGCCCUGACAGCAGAGGGACUCCGCGUGGAGGUGGUGUUUUUCUUGGAUUCCAGAGGCGGCGGCUUCCAAAGCACUGGCCUUUUCCACAAACGCCCCCUACCCAGUUUGGAACGCACCUGCAGCCCCAAACGGAAACGGCGAGGACCGCGACGUGGCAGGAAAACCAGCAAUUGCCCUUUCACCUCCUUUCUGAUCGUCAAACCAUGCGCUUCAUUCACGCAGAAUCUGGACAACUAAGGCAGAACGUAAAUUUAUAAUCUGAAAAGAAUUUUGGUUACGUGGCGAGCCCAGGUUGAAGAAAUAUGGAUACCAACACCAUACUGCUCAUCAGCACUUGUUUUGCCAGCUUUUUCACCUUUCAAGUUAUUUUCCACGUUGUAAGUUAUUGGUUUUCAGCAAAGAUUUCUCCAGGUUUUAAUAAUCUCAACUUCAAAAAGAAGAUUGAAUGGAACUCAAGGGUGGUAUCUACGUGUCAUUCUUUGCUGGUUGGGGUUGUUAGCUUGUACAUUUUCUUGUUUGAUGAGGCUGGUAUUGCUGAUCCACUUUGGGGUGAUGCAUCUCUCGGGAAAGUGAAUGUUGCUAUUGCUUCAGGCUAUCUCGUUUCUGAUUUGUUGAUUCUCAUUUGGUAUUGGAAAGUGAUUGGUGAUAAGUAUUUUGUAAUUCACCAUUGUACAGCGCUGUAUGCAUACCACUUUAUACUGAAGGAUGGUGUGCUGGUGUACAUUGGGAAUUUCCGCCUGCUUGCAGAACUUUCCAGCCCUUUUGUGAAUCAGCGGUGGUUCUUUGAGGCUCUGAAGUAUCCUAAGUUUUCCAAGGCUAAUGUCAUCAAUGGAAUACUUAUGACGGUGGUGUUCUUCAUAGUGAGGAUUGCCUCGAUACCUCCUUUCUACGGCUACAUGUACUCUGUGUUUGGAACGGAAGCCUACGUGAGGCUUGGAUUUUUAAUUCAGUUUUCCUGGGUUGCCACUUGUGUGGUUUUGGAUGUGAUGAAUGUCAUGUGGAUGAUCAAAAUUUCAAAGGGGUGCAUCAAAGUCAUCUCUCUCUUAAGACAAGAGAAAGCCAGAAAGAGUCUUCAGAAUGGAAAACUUGACUAAAAGUGGGCUAUUGAUAAGCAUACUUCAUUGCUACCUACAUUGUAUCUUCCGAUAGGAUAAACUCUUGGCAUGUUCUUGUGCUUCUUUAUUAAUUAUACUUGGUAUUCAUACUUUCAGUGUCUUUUUUUCUUAACCAUUAGAAAAGAGAAACUAAAACACUUUUUUUUUCCCCUCAGGAUUUAAUUUCUAAUUUUCUUUUGCAUUAUAAGCAUGGAUAAAAUCUUAAAGAUUUAAAUAAAAAUGUAUAAAUAUGGUCAUGAAUCUUUUUGGAAAUCUGUUCACUGGCAUUGGUACUUUUCUCUGUGAAAAGAUGACUAUGCUAAUUUGGUACACUUGGUUUUAUGUCACUGAUUUUGCUGAAAGAAUGGGAACUGCUUUUAAAUCUGUAAAUGGCUCUCCACAUUCUGAUGCACCGUGCUUGUUUCUUACUAUGGCUGUCAAUUCCUGGAGUAGAGUUUGAUUUCCAAAUUAUUGAAAUGUUCUUUUUCUUAGACUAUUAGAAGUGAUGUCUUUUUCAUUUCAAUUUGCUAUCAUCUACUAAUAAUGAAGUAUUUUGCUUGCUUUGGAAACCUUUAAUUAGUUUUCAUGGGAAAUACUUCCUACAAUUUUAGACUUUUCUGACAUCACUUCAUUAUAUCUGUUUUUAACAUUUUAUCAAAUUAUUGCUUUUUUCUUCAGUAGUAAAGCUUAAGACCAAUCUAAUAGAGCUCCUUAAGAGAUGAAUUCUUCCUUCUAAACAUGCAUGUUCUAGAUGACUAGUUAGACUAAUAUGAGGAUUCAUUAAGAAAAAGGCUUUAACACUGCUGUCUCUAUCUGCUUCCUUUGCAUUUUUUCUUUGAAAACUAUAUUAUUUCUAUUUGCAAAACCUCCCAUGAGUUCUGAACCCAACAUUUUUUAGCACCACAGUCUUGUGCAAUAUAUAUUUAUCAUGUUCCUAAAGUAGGCUUCUUCUUGAUGAGACCAAAACUGCAAAAACUAAAUAAGUCAGUAUUCAUCUUUUACUCACAAUUUAUACCCAUGCUUGCUAGCAUUUUGAGUGCUUUGAAUUUCUGUCUUUCUUAAAAGACAGGCAAAAGAUAGAUAAUUUAAUCUAAGCAUUCUGAUUAUCAAUAUUAUUUUAUGUGAAGAUGUGAAUGGUGACUUUUUUUCUGUUUGUGUAUGUGGGUAUAUGUUUGCUUUUGUUUUGGUCCUUACAACCCAAAUAUAAAAUAACAUAGUUAGCUAUUAUUGUCUUUAUUUUUCUCAAGUACUUUACUUUAAUGAUCAUUCUUACCUAUGGAAAAAAAUUAAUCAGUGGAAAAUACUUGAAUUUAAUUGAACCCAAACCAAAAGAUCUAAUCCAUUCAGUUUCUCAGUUUGAAUGAGAAUGUGCGACUCACUCUCACUGUCCAUGUUACAGUGAUGAAGGAAGGCUAGCUGGAUAUUUCAGGACUUUUGAUUUAAUGUAAUUUGAUUUGACCUCAGCUGUCUGAUGCAGAUAGGGUCUGAUAAGUUAUAGAACAUUUAAAGAAGGUAAUUGAAAUCUCAGUCAGUAACUGAAUGAUAAAUUGAAAUUGAUUGGCUUAUACCAGUACACUUAUUUUUGAAAGGCUUUAAGUAAUGUAAAAUGUAAGUAUUUGUUUUCAGAUUUACUAAUAUUACAUUGAUAAUUUGUUGCUAAAUUUAGUCCCUUUUACACAUAGGCACUUAGACAUGUAUUGGUUGUUUAGAGGGAGUAUGAAAGCAUGUGGUUUAAUCUUAUUCCUUUCUUGCUCUUUUGCAAGAAAAAUGGCUUUCAAAAAGGAAAACACUUACAUUAGAAAACUAUUUUGGAAAUUCAUUCCUUUAGAAAGAAGCAAAAUGUGAAAUAAAUAAUUUGGACUAUUCAGAUAUUUCUAUAGUUUCUGAACACAGAUUUUAAAAACCCACCAUCAAUAUGAAGAAAAUAUAAUUCUAUAUAAUAUGAGUGAGUUUCCAUAUAGCAGUUUCAGUUUUUAUAGUUGUUAUUUCAUGCUUAAAACUUUAUUUUUACUUUCACUAACAACACCUUUCAGUAGUAUAGCCCCCACUAAGUAAGUAUAAUUAAAAUAUCAAUGUGUCGAAACUAAAGUUUGUUAUUCCCUUAGUCAGCAAUUCUUAUUUUAUGCUGGCUGCAUGACAGAUAAUUUAACAUCCAGAUUAAGUAUCCAAAAUGGAUUCUACGUACUUCCUCAUACAAUAGAUAUGAAAUGGAAAAGACACUAUAAGCUGCCAUGCUACUUUAAGUCAGAUCUUUACAGGAGCUAUACUUUGCUGUUCUGUGAUUUUAUCCACCUGCCUGAGAUACAAGUAGUUAAAGACAGAACAUUUCAUUUAUUAAAUAAUGAAUUUUUCAUUUGUUAAAUGACAAACUUUUGCUAGACAUUUUACAUAUUAAAUAUUUUGACUACAUGGAUUAAUUUAAAUGAUUCUAUUGAUAUUAUGCAUUCUGAUAUUAAACAACUGUUAAAAUAUUUAUAGAAAAUGAAAGCAAAUUGGUAUAAAUUUUUAAGCAACUCUAUUUUUGUAGAAAAAGGUUAGUGACAACCUGUAACUAUAUAAAUGUUCUCUGAACAUGUAGUAUUCUAGAGAAUAAAAAAUUCAUACAAAAUUUUGAAAAUGAAUGAAAAUCAACUAAAUAUCAUGCAAGAUCAUAGACUCUGCAUUAGAUAUUUUAUUUGGGAGAAUUUAGAAACUAUGAGCUUGAGUUUAUAGAGUCUAUAUUAUUGUGUCUAAAAUCUUUUGAAUGAGUAUCAUUUGCAUUUAUUUAAAUCUCAGUAUGAAUCUGAGUGCAGAGAAAUGAACUCCUGCUUAAACUGUGUCUUGAUAUAUUAUAGUAAGUUGAAAUGCAAUAUUUAUUCUAACUGUUCAGUUUUGUUAUUUUAUGGAUUAGUCUUUGUUCAGAGAAAUAAUGAUGUUUUUAUCAUUCCUAAGGGUGGCUCAUAUACUGUGGAUGACCCAGUACUGUUGUAAAGAUCUAGUUUUAAAAACUGCCUAGUUUAUAGGUAUUUGAAUCAAAUUCUUUUCUAAAUUUUAAUGACCUAUUAGACUGAAUUCAAAAUUUUGCUGAAAGUAUCAGUUUUUAAAUUAUAUAUUUUCUCUGAGGUGCACUAGGCAUUUAAGGAGUGGUUCUUCCCUUUAUUGUUGGGUAUACCAACAUUGUAAUCAUGUGUUUAGAAAUAUUCUUCUCAUGGAGAUAUAUAGAGGGAAAGCAUGUUGUAAUAUUCAUGUUUGUUCUGCUUCAUUUUUAAGGAAAAUAAACAUGUUCCAAAAGACACUAUUAAAAUAAGUGUUUGAAUAAAUUUCAGUUUCUAGGUUUCUCUUCACUCCAAAUAUGUAAAUAUACAUUUCAAUUGGCUUUAAAUGGUUUAAUCUGUCGAAUGAAAUUUGAAAGUCCAUGUCAUUGUUGACAUCAUCAAUUAUACUUCAUAGAAAAUUAUGUAUUUAUAUGUUUUGGAUUCUACAAGAAGCAAACUGGUAUAAUUUUAUCACAAGUGUGACAGAGUGUAUCUCAAAAGGUGCAAACCAGCAUAGCCCAGAGAUCCUCCUGUGAUGAGAGGCCCUGGGCGCACACACACCUUCCUAGCCUUAACUACAGCUGGUUAAUGACAGACACACUAGAGGUACUGAAAGCAAAUUCUGACAUAAAAUGUGUGAUAUGAGUGAGGACAAGGAAAAGCCAGCAGGAUCUAAGGUUGGAGGAGAUAGUAUGACUGCUUUGCCCUUAAAAACCAUGAUGUUCCUCCCCCAAUCCAGAAGUUUUCUCUCCAGAUCUUUUGAGCCCUUCCAUCUCAUCAGCACCUCCCUCCUUUAUGCCAUCUUUCUAUGUCAACUUUUGAGGCCUCACCAGGUGGCACCAGAAGUGAAGAACCUGCCUGCCAACGCAGGAGAUGCAGGAGACAAGGGUUCCUUAGCUUGGUGGGGAAGAUCCCCUGGAGAAGGGCAUGGCAGUCCACUCCAGUAUUCUUGCCUGGAGAAUCCCAUGGACGGAGAAGCCUGGAGGGUUACAGUGCAUAGGGUCUCAAAGAGUCAGACAUUACUGAAGUGAAUUAGCAUGUGUGCAAAUGUGUAAGCUUCCCAGCCCCUUGUGGGAAAUUUAGAAGUUCAUUAGUAUGUUCUUUCAUUGAGGGGAAGAAAAAGCAUUGCUGUAAGUUUCAGUAAUGAACAGACAAACCAUAAUUUAUUAAGAGGCUACAGGAAGCCAUUUAACGUUUAAUAAUACUUAUUUAUAACACCAAGCAAAGCUUAUAAUGUUAUGGUUUUAUUGAGAAACAUCUUUAGGUGUCUUUUCCUUAAACUGGUUUAGCAAUAAGAGCUUUAUAGCUUGUUUCAGCUAGGGAUUCAUUGCAGGCAUGUAAAUUAUCUAAAUGUUCUUCCUUAGACCCUCUGAUAGGCGAGGGAGGAACUGAGGUGGUUCUGUGUUAUGAGGAUGUUAUGAGGAGGGUGUGCUGAUAAGUCGCAGCAUUAUUGAGUCUUGCUCUUUAAUCAAGCAAAUGUAGUCACAGUCCUGUUUCUUUCAAAAGUGAGUUCACUGCGAGUGAAUUACUCAGGGUGUUUUCCGAAGUACAACACCCAAGGAUUUGAGCCCUGUCUCUUUUUAUCCCAGACCUCAAACUACCGCUGUUAGCUUUGUAUGGUCAUACCUUUCUUGGAAGAUAUUUUGGCAGUGAAACUAAAGAUUGCUUUGUUUGCAUAGAAGGUGUUUACACUGAUUCCCUCCAAGGAGUAGACAGUUUUAAAAAUCUUAAAGAUAUAAAUACCUCUGGCUGAAAACUCGUUAAUUGUCAUUUGCAUGUUUUUUCUUUUAUAUAUUUAUGUAAUUCUUGCUGUAAUUAAGUAUGCAUUAAGGUAUUUGCUACUUGUUGGUUAAUGAAGCAUAAAAAAUAUAACUAAAUAAAAUGUGCUGUAUAUUUUUCUGUUUCUUGCUUGGUUUGCUUCUAGUAUGAUUAUGUCUACUUUUUACUUCAGGACUUUUUGCACAGAUAAUACUCUCUUACUAACUUGUAACUGGGGUGAGUUAUGAGAAUAUUUUGAUAAUUAUUUGAUUUUGUAAUAAUAACUUUUAGACAUGGAUUUAAUUUGAAGAAGUUACUUGAAAACUUCAGUAGAUGUGACAGCUAUUGUGAUAUACAAUUUUUCUCUGAGAAUAUAUCACAUUAAUAUUUAAUUGUCAAAGAUUUUAGAAGUCUUUCAAAAUACAUUUGUUAACAUUUUGAGAACACACCUUCUAAUGUAUUUCCAUAAGGUCGAAGAACUUUUAUUUACAGAAUGUAAGAUUUGGUAAUUUACAAAUCAAUGUUACUCAGAUUUAUCAGCAAUUAAAAUAGCGAUUUAGUGUUCUUUUUUUGUUUCUGGUUGUGCUUUAGAGGGGUUUCUGGAUGUCUUUGUGUAUUUCCCUUAAAAAUUUGAAAUAUUUGUAUACUUAGUAAGUGUGCCAGUUUAAAGUUAAUAUAUGCAAGUUCUAAGCAAUAAUCUGCAUGUUAUAUAGGGUUGGCAUUUCUUUGUCAUGGCAAUUUUAUUAUUUUAAGACUGUAUAAAAUCAAUAUCCUUAUCAAUAUUUAUAUAUAAAUCACUCCUCUCCCCCAAUAAAAAAAAUUGGGAUUUUCUUGUGGUAGAACACUAAUAUAAUGUGGUGCAAAGCUUUGUAUUUUGUGAAAAAAAUAAAAUCACAGUUAUUUAGUGGAAAA